CUCUUGCAGUUGGCAAAGGUGUUACUUCCUGAAUUUCAGAUUCUCGUAGAAGUUUUUGUGAAAGUCCUUGUAGCACUUGUAGAGCUUAUGAAAGUUCUUGUGAAAGUUCUUGUGGAAGUUCUUGUGGAAAUUUUCGUGAAAAGUCUUUUGAAUCUUUCAAAUAUGUUGUCAGAAGUCGCCACUCCACAAUUUCAAAUCCAUACCUACAGUCAUUUAUUUCAAUCACAACAGAUACAUUUUCAACUUACAUUACUUAAAGAUUCCGUAUUUAUAUGGGUUGGUACUGAAGGGAACGAAAUAUUAGGAGACUUGGCGAUUAUUAUGCCUCCACUUUUACGAAACAAAGGUUCUAUCGGAACAACCGUAUUAAAAAAUGAUGUGGAGGAAAUUUCUAAGCAGUUUGGACAGAAACUUGCUACUAAAUUUAAUAAGCAAUUCUUCGUCAGCAUCAAUUUACCACCAAAUACGGAUGAAAUGAUGCGUUCUUUUGCCGAGAAGUUCGUUCUUGACAUAUUAAAGAACUUCUUUUCAUAA